AUGAGAACCAUAGAAUCAAAUCGACCUCCCGAAAACCCAGCUACAGUUAUUAAUAUUGUAGAUGCCUCUAAUAGUCUCUCAGAUCCAAACGACUACCUUAAUCCUUCCCCAGUUGAGAUUCCAAGUGCAGAUGACCGUAAACAUAAAAAAAGAGUUAAGGCAAAUAUUUACUAUUUUAUUUUAUUUAUGAUUUAUCUUGCGAAUAUUUUGACCUCCAAUGCAAUAUAUGAAAACGAUAUAACCACAAUUCUUCUUUGUCUUAUUUUUCUUGUAAGUAGCUUUAUCCUCAACUUUAUUGUUGUUAUAUAUAAGCAGAAAUAUAGCCUUCAAGAUGAAGGGAAGAAAUGGGUGAUGCCAAUACUGUAUAUUUAUAGUGGGUUAGCGUUUGUGCUUUCAGAUCUUAAUAUUUUCCCUGUUCUUUAUAGAAAAGAUAAGAACUCUUCAUAUCUGCCAGGGAUGCAGGCUUUGCUGUUAUUAUUUGUUAUUGGGCCAAAAUUUUUAGAAACUAAAAAAAGUGUUUACAUAGGAAUUAAUGCUUUUUUGACUAUAGUUUCGUUUGGGGUAAACUGCUUCGGAAAUCAAAGUCUUGGAUUAUCUUCUUUUCAAGUUUUGCUUCUGGGAUUAGCAACUUUUUAUGGACUUAUUGAUUUUAAAGAUUUUUCUAAAUUCUCUGUUUUAAAUUAAACACAAAAUUAAUUGCUUCAAAAUCUAGUUUUUAUAAGCUAAAAUUUAAUAAUGAAAAUAUUUUUUAAAUAUAAAACAAUGUAAGAUCGGGAGAGAGAUAGACUAUGUUCAAGAAUCCAUUUUGCAAUCACUCCCUAUACCCGAGUACCAAACUAAAUCUACCACCGGAAUGGAAACCAUUAUAACUGCCAUAAAAAACACUAUUAGUGUGCUUUUAGAUGCCUUUGAGCACACAGAAUAUGAUAAUAAAGAAACAAUCGUUGCUACGAUAACCAGUUUAAAAGGCGCACUCGAUUCAUUAACUCACACUAAUAUAUACCAAACUUCUUUCGACCAAGUGACUAAGAAUAUGGAUGAGCAAGAUAAAAUUUAUGUUUCUCAAGCGUUUUUCGAAAUAAAGCCUGACAUCGAUCAAUCCUCGUUGUCUUCCAAAGGGAAUUUCAAAGAAAAACUAAACUUUAUUUAUGGGAUAUCAGAUUUAUCAGGAAUUUUGAGGCAAAUUGGAAAAGAAUGGAACUUCAAUACGAUUUUUAUUGGAGAUUGUUCAGGGCAAACACCCAUUCAAGUUGUUGGAAUGCAUGUAAUUAGAAAUUAUGGGCUCAAUGAGCUAUUUUCUAUAAGCGAUAAAAGUCUAAGUACAUUUUUGAGAGAAUUAGAAGGAAGGUAUUUGCCAAAUCCUUAUCAUAAUUCUUGCCAUGCAGCUGAUGUGAUGUGCUCAUAUUUAUAUAUUAUUCAUAGCUGCCCACUUAUUGAUGAAACUAGCUCAUUAGAGCUAUUGGCUGGGAUUGUCUCAACGCUAGCUCACGAUGCAGGACAUCCAGCCAAAACCAAUCGAUUUUUAAUGGUAACAAAAAAUGAUAUUGCAAUUCAGUAUAAUGAUUAUAGUGUAUUAGAAAUGAUGCAUGCUACAAUACUGUUCCAAGUUUUGGCUAAAAAUGACUGUAAUAUUUUAUCAAAUUUUGCGUCUGAUAAAUGAUUUGCAAUUAGAAAAGUUAUAAUAGAAUUAAUUUUAGCCACAGAUAUGUCAAAACACUUUGAUUUAGUCGAGCACUUCAGAGCAAGAUUUAUCCAAGGUAAUAUGUCCGUUGAUUUUAAAAAUGUAGAAACCCGUCAAGAACUCAAUAAGAUGACUAUUAAAAUGGCUGAUAUUGGCCAUUCUGCCAAAUCAAUUGAAUUGCAUGAAAAAUUGUGUGUUUUGGUGCUUCAGGAGUUUUUUUCUCAAGGAGAUCUUGAGAAGUCAUUGGGCCUGCCUGUUUCUAUGUAUUGCGAUAAAGAGACAACUGAUAUUGCGAAAUCCCAGUCUGGAUUUAUAAAAAAUAUUGCAUUGCCUUUAUUUAUUGCAAUGAAUAAUGUUGUAAAUUCAAGAGAAAUAGAAGAAAAUAUAAUAAAUCAAUUAAAGCAAAACGAAGCUUAUUGAAACGCAAGAAGAUUGGUGGCAAGAAACCAAACGGUUUUAGUCAAAAAUGAUGAAGACUGGAUUAAUGCGCAAUAUAAGAACCUUACUCCUUUCCUCUGUGAGCGAACAAAAAAAUUAGUUUUGGUUAAUUUUUUUUAUAUAUAAAUUUUAUAGUAAAUUCAUUUUUCGAAAUUUAAAAACCACAAUUUGCAAAAAAUUGGAAAGCAAAUAUUUAUUUAAUUUGUAAAAUUUAUAUUUUGAAAUGCAAACUGUUUAAAAAUAAGCUGAAUAAGCUGGAAAUUUCUAUAAAAGAAUUAUUACUUAUAUAUCAAAUUUCUUUUUUUUAAAAAAAUUUUGUUUACUCAGGAGGGUGGAUUUUUUGGGCAAAAAAUCGCGAUUUUUCCAAUUGUUUGUUCGCUCACGGAAGCGGGAGCUAGAGAAAAAGUGGAUAAGCAUAGGCGCGGAAGUCAUCCGUUGAAGUACUUGUCAUAG